AUGUCAGAAAUAGAUCGAUCUCAUGUAGCAUUGGCAGUAUCUGCUGCUGCUGGUGGCUAUAUUUUGUAUUCGUUGAUGAAAUCAAGGGGUGAACAAGAUCAAGCAGACGUCAAAAGUAAAUUUGGUAAAGAAAUCCGUCAAAAUGACUUUUGUUAUAGCCAACAUUUGUUUAUAUUGGAUCAUGGAUCGUACGGUGGAGUACCAAGGCAGGUACUUAAAGUGAAGAGUAAAUAUGAAGAAAUUGCAGAAAAAAAUCCUUUCCAAUGGAAUUUAAAUGAAGUACUUCAUCAUUGGCGAGCUAGUAUUGCUCGCGUAGCAGAGCUAGUUGGAUCAUCAAGUAACAAUUUGACUUUUGUUCUAAAUGCAACAGCAGGUGUCAUGACAGCUCUUAGGUCGACCAACUUUACUCCUAAUGAUGGUAUCUUAAUCAAUAACUUAACCUAUACCUCCAUGCAGUAUGCCGCUCAACAAAUAGCGGAAGAGACGGGUUGUAAGGUAUAUUCUGUCAAUUUUACUUUUCCCAUUCGUCAUUCGCAAGAGAUUGUGAACAGCUACCGACAAAUGUUUGACGAGCAUCCAGAUAUUAAAUUUGCCAUCAUAGAUUACAUAGUAAGCCCCACUGCUAUGCUAAUGCCUAUAAAACCGAUCAUAAAAUUGGCUAGAGAAAGAAACAUUAUAUCUUUUAUUGAUGGAGCUCAUGCGCCAGGUCAAAUUGAACUACAUCUUGACGAACUUGGGUGUGACUACUUUACAGGAAAUAUGCACAAAUGGGCAUUUACUCCGCGUGGCUGUGCUAUCUUUUAUGCUAAUUCAACCGUUAUAUCACAAACACACUCUUUAAUAGUCUCCCAUUAUCGUUAUAAAGGAUUUGAGCUGGACUUUUAUCGCCAAGGUACUAGGGAUUAUUCUUCCCAGAUUUGUGCCGGUGCCGGAGUUGAUUACUUGCAUAGCUUAGGAGGAUUGAGCGAAAUUCGAAACUACAAUAUGAAGUUACGAGAAGAGGCCAUGAAUUACAUAGAACGCGAACUGAAAGGAGCGCGUCGGCUUCAAAUUCCUCCAGAUAUGGUUGCUCCAUUUAUGGGUGUAUUCGAAUUACCAGACCAUAAAUACGAUCUAACUGAAGAUGGAGUAGUGAAAUUGAGAAAUGAUCUAUAUAAGAAGCAUUGGAUAGAAGUUAGCAUAAAACUGAUACAACAGAAACUUUAUUGUCGCUUUUCCAUUCACGUGUAUACGGUUAUGGAUGACAUUGUACAUUUAGUUAACGCUCUUAAAGAUGUCUUACGUAGCUAG